CAAACCAUUUACCUACAGACAUUACUCAAGAUUAAAGGAUACAUUUUGUUUUUUAUACAUUACAUGGAUUCGUCUGAUCUUUAGGAGGACGAAGGACAGUUUAACUCCACGGGAAGGUAUAUGUGAACUGUUUCAACAGACCGGGUUUGACCGUAAUUUCACUUUGAUGAAAUUGGCAUUUUCCAGGUGUAGAGACAUCGAACAAAAUGGAAUUUUCCUAUCAAAAACCAGCAAAUUUACCUCCCUUUGGCCAGCUCUGUUUCGAUGACAGCGAUGAGGAUAUGGAGGUCGACAUUGCUGACGUCAUGACCCCCUCCAGGUUGCGGGGAACCAAACAGCCCCUGACGCCUCUGAUGGACGACGACUCCGGGAUUGGAAUGGACAGUGACGAUUCUGACAAUAUUUCACUUGAAUCCUCCUUUAACGGUCUGAAUAGUACACCUAAAUUCUCAAUGCAGAGAGACAACCAGAAUUCUGAAGCAAAGACGAUUACCAGACGCACCCUAUUUGGACAGAUUUCCCAGUCCCAGCUAGAAGACCCUGGGUCGUACUGCAAAACCAGGCAAGGGAGAGCAAGCCAGCGUCGGGGCCGGGGACCAGUCCUCAAAAAGUCUUUGUCGUUUGGGGACUCUCCCCAAUUCUCGACGUCAGGGGAAAUGGACGUGAAGACCGCAGUGGCCCGGCUAACUGACGAAGAAAAUCUGAUAGGGGACGGAAGUCAGGAGUGUGCACUGCCUACUAUCCGGGGGAAACACAGCGACCUUAAAUCCAUAACAGGAGACACUGUGGUUGAUUUGAUUUCCGGGCGAUAUGAUGACGUCAUUUCAAGUUUCCGCCUCAUCGACUGCAGAUAUCCGUAUGAGUAUGAAGGGGGUCAUGUUAUGAAGUCGGAGAAUAUUUAUAAGCAGGAAGAUAUUUCCGGUAUUUUGGACAGCGUGAAAUGUGAUGGAGGACGUCACAUUCUUGUUUUCUAUUGCGAAUUUUCAUCAGAGCGUGGGCCUAAAAUGUACCGGAAGUUACGCAAUGCUGACCGCGAAGUUAACAAAGAUAAUUAUCCUCAUCUAUUCUACCCAGAAAUAUAUUUAAUGCACGAGGGUUAUAAAUCAUUUUAUCAACAUCACCAGAACUUUUGCACGCCACAGGAUUACAAACCAAUGCUUCAUAAAGACCACUCAAAUGAAUUACGUCACUUCCGUAUCAAAUCAAAGUCGUGGUCUGGAAGUGAGAAGAAUGUGCCACAUCGAUUGUUGUUUUGAAUACCGUAAACAUGAAAGGAUAUAAAUGUGAUAACCCCAUUGAACCUUACACUUUAAUGAUUGUUUUGUUAUUGCUCUGUGAUAUGUGUUCUGUGUCUCUUGUUUUUGUAAGACGGUUGAUUUAUUUAAAAUGUUUUUUGAUGUUUUCAUAAGAAUUCUUGUUAAACAGUAUUUAUUGUUGACAUGUAUUGGAAAUACAUUGCGUUGUCUUGGUAACGAUUAUAUAAUUUUGUUGUGAUUUAUAAAUUAUUAAUUUUGAUAUUUUCUUUUUACAGGUUGAUAAUUUAAUAUGUAAUUUAUAAAUUUUAUUGUUAUUGAUCGAUC